CCCGCGCUGCCGCACAAAAGGCCCUGCGCGCGCCGGGGAUUAGGAGCGGGUCUCAGCCCCGCCGCCCUUUCCGCGGCUCUCGCUCCUUGCGGCUUUCCUCUUUGUGGCAAUCCGGGGAGGAGGGGGAGCCUGCCAUGUCCGCCCCCAGGAAAGGCUUCUACCGGCAGGAGAUCACCAAGACUGUCUGGGAAGUGCGGGAGCGCUACCGGGAGCUGCAGGCGGUAGGCUCCGGAGCCUAUGGCGCGGUCUGUUCAGCUAUUGACCAGAAGAGUGAAAGCAAGGUGGCUAUCAAGAAGCUGUACCGCCCAUUUCAGUCAGACCUUUUUGCCAAACGAGCCUAUCGGGAACUGCGGCUUCUGAAGCACAUGAAGCAUGAAAAUGUAAUUGGGCUUCUAGAUGUCUUCACACCAGAUCCUUCACUGGAUAAAUUUCAUGACUUCUACCUUGUCAUGCCAUUUAUGGGAACAGACUUAAGUAAAAUAAUGAAGCAUGAGAAACUAACUGAAGAUAGGAUCCAGUUCCUGGUCUAUCAGAUGUUAAAGGGCCUAAAGUACAUCCAUUCAUCCGGCAUAAUUCAUAGGGAUUUAAAACCUGGAAACCUAGCGGUCAAUGAAGACUGUGAGUUGAAGAUUCUAGAUUUUGGGCUGGCAAGACAUACAGAUAGUGAGAUGACUGGCUAUGUGGUUACUAGGUGGUAUCGAGCCCCAGAAGUUAUACUUAAUUGGAUGCGUUAUACACAGACAGUGGACAUCUGGUCAGUGGGGUGUAUAAUGGCUGAAAUGGUAACAGGAAGGCCCCUUUUUAAGGGCAAUGAUCAUCUGGACCAGCUCACAGAAAUUAUGAAAGUUACAGGCACACCAACUCAGGAUUUUGUUCAGAAACUGCAAAGCCAAGAUGCAAAAAAUUAUAUCAAAAGCCUUCCACAAGUACAGAAAAAAGAUUUUGCUGCGAUUUUGAAAAAUGCAAAUCCUUUAGCUGUAAACCUUUUGGAAAAGAUGCUGGUGUUAGAUCCGGAGAAGAGAAUAACAGCAAGUGAAGCUUUGGCCCACCCUUAUUUUGAAACCAUUCAUGAUCCUGAAGAGGAAAACAAAGCAGAGAAAUAUGAUGACACUUUUGACAACAUGGAUCUGCCCCUGGAUGAAUGGAAAUGUAUCACAUAUAAAGAAGUUAUGAACUUUAAGCCUCUGCAGUUGCCUGACUCAAAAGAAACGGUAGUAUAACCCCAAAUUGUACGUUUGCUUAAAAACUGAGUGAAGAAAAGAGAGUGUAAAUGUUAUAUUUAUGUGUGUAUGUAUAUACUGUGUAUGUAUGUAUGUAUAUAAUUUUAUAAAUCUUUUAUAAAUAAACUAGACGUAAUCUGUUUUAAAAUGAAUUUU